CUGAUGUGGUGUAAUCAGCGAGUUCGCCAUUAAAUGAUUCGCCAGUUCUGGAGUAGAUACAAGGUUUGCAUCAUCUUCCCGGCUCUUUCGCUCGGUGCAAUUUGGUCCGAUUACAACUACACCAGGCAGUGGAAGAAGCGGCAGCUCUUGGAGCAGCAAAAUCAACAGCAACAACUCGAGCUUCAGUAGUCCUGCACCGGAACCAACAAUCACGAUGAUUUUCGGACUGAACAAAAGCUACCUGUGGGGCGUGUUGCCGCUGAUCGGCUACGGAUUCGGCAUGUUCCUGGACAACAAGGAAACGGAGCGGAUGACGCUGUUCCGCGACAAGAGCGCUCUGUACGGGCGCGUGCUGAAGGAAGGCGAGAAACCAUCCUGGCCCUGAACGCCCGGUGCGCACGUUGUGCCCCGCUAAUGCCGUUAUUAUGUUAGUAAUGAGAAUAAACUGAUAUUUGGUUUCAUUCAA